CCUGCUACUCGGGCUAGCAAGCGACCGCUCGACACUGAAGAGGGCACCACGGUAGCAUUGAAGAUGAAGAAACAUUCAGAUGGCUCCCGUCUGCCGAGUCGUGUAAAAGUCACCGACUUUGAUGAUGUCUCCAAAGACAUCCUUGUAACCGCAAUCUCUAUCUUCCGCUGUCUAAUCGUCACACAGGCGCCGUUUCCAGAUUCCAUUGCUGACGAGACGAUGCUGGGAAAAGAAGCCUGGCGUGAGGCUUGCCAAUUGAAAGGCAUCAACAUCAAAUUGACGCCUUUAGCAAUUAAGAUGCUCUUGAAACGCACAUCGCAUGUGCGCGGUGAACUCAAAACAAAGAUGCGGUCACUAACUCGAAUUUUUUUUGGGUUUCGGUCGAGCGAAUCGAGGGACGUGAUAAGGCAAAACCGUGAUCUAGCGGAAUCUUUGAAAAAUGGUUCAUCGUUCGUUUUCAAGGACUGGACAGCGAAAACGGGGAUAUACAAGACCGAUUUACUCCAAGAUGGGAUCAAUAUCAUGUGGUUUGCAAACCGAAGUGACGAAGGCAUCGUCUACAAUCAGUACUUCAACCCCAUGCCUAUCAAGGUUAUUGCCCUCACGCUUACAGUUAUUGAAUGCUGUAUUGACGAGUGGAUGCAGGGUGUCAAGGAAGACAUCAAGUUCACAGCCCUCGCAUAUAGAUCUGUCUACAACAAUCAUUUGACCUCGCUGCAGCGUUUUGACGAGCGCACGGCACCUUAUAAGCUCUUCGAAAGGAUU